UAAAAGGUGACUUCCGCCGAUGCGAGCAUGUUGGAGUUUCUGUAGACUGUGUGCGAGCCUUCGACUUUCAUAGUCCUCUUGCAUCCCACCCACCAAGACGCCAAGAUGGGCAGUAUAGGCACUGAGGAUCUGCUGAGAGAAGCGUCGGCCGCUCCAGUGGAGAACGGAGCGGUAGGAGAUCAAUUUCCAGUACUUCCAGAUAGGGUGAAGAAAACUUCAGGGCAGCUGAAUGGCGAUGUUCCUGCUGCCAAGCUACCCAACGGCCAUCACCAUCCGGUAACAAAAGUGGCCGACGCGCCAGCACCACCAAUCGAGUAUCCAACCUCAGCCUGGAGACCAAAGCUCGAGCUUGAGGAUCGUGGCAUCGAUGAGAUAAGGCCUCUGCGCGUUGUGGUUGUGGGUGCUGGAUUGUCCGGAAUCCUUGCUGGGAUUCUUUUGCCAGCCAAGGUCCCGGGCCUUGACUUGACAAUCUAUGAGAAGAAUGCGGAUGUGGGCGGCACGUGGCUGGAGAAUGUCUACCCUGGCGUGAGAUGUGACAUCCCGGCCAAUGUUUAUCAAUCCACAUUCACACCACGUACUCAAUGGUCCGAGAAGUUUGCUCAGGGUGCCGAGAUCUUGCAGUAUUGGCAAGAACGAGCUCGCAAGUAUGAUGUGUAUCGUUACGUGAAGUUCAACUCGAACAUUCAAACGGUGCAAUGGAGCGAUGACGAAGCCAAGUGGAUCAUUACUGUGCGGAACACAGAAACCAACGAGAUUUUUGAAGACCGAGCAGACUUCUUUCUUACCGCGAUUGGGCGCUUUAACUCCUGGAAGCUUCCCGAUUACCCAGGUCUUUCAGACUUCAAGGGCGUUUUGCGGCAUACUUCCAACUGGGAUCCGUCCUUCGAUCCAAAGGGCAAGAAUGUCGCCGUCAUCGGCAAUGGAGCCAGUGGCAUCCAGGUGGUGCCAAACUUGCAACCCAUCGUCAAUCGUCUGGACCACUAUGCUCGCAACAAGACAUGGAUCGCAGGAUCAUGGGCCGGAGACGAAAGGACCUUUGAACCGCAGUAUUACACGCCGGAGGAGUUGGAAUCUUUCAAAGAUGAUGAGACAUACCUGAAGUACAGAAAAGAGAUGGAAGCCAAAUACUGGAGGCGUUUCGCCUCCACUUUCAGAGGCUCACAGGAAAAUGCGGAGAUGCGGGACACCUUCAUCGAGAUCAUGCGGAAGAGACUGGCUAAGAAGCCUGAGUUAUUGGACAACCUUGUGCCAGACUUCAAUCCCAAUUGCCGGCGACUAACCCCUGGCCCCGGGUAUCUCGAAGCUAUCACACAGGAUAACGUCGAUUUCAUCCAGACCCCAAUUAAGCGAUUUACUGAAACCGGGAUCGAGACUGUGGAUGGCAAACACCGAGAAGUCGAUGCCAUUUUCUGCGCGACUGGCGCCCACGGAGUUCCACAGUUUGAGAUCACGGCCCGAGGCGUAAACCUCAGUGAAGUAUGGAAGCCCGAGGGAAAGUACGGCUUCCCAUACACUUACCUUGGACUCGCCACCCCUGGCUUUCCAAAUCUGUUGUAUAUAGCUGGCCCACACGGCACAGGUCCAUCCGGAACGGUGCCUCAUGCCGUGGAAGUCCAGCUCACCUAUUAUGCAAAGUUGUUGCGAAAGGUCUCCAGCCAGUGGAUCCGGACAGUUGAGCCCUCGCAACAGGCUGCGGACGACUUCAUCGAAUAUUGCGAUGCAUUCUUCCCGAAGACCGUCCUUACAGACAAUUGCAGCUCCUGGGCCAACGGCGGCAAAGCCGGUCAAAGGAUCUUCGGCAUCUGGCCAGGCAGCGCUGCUCACGUGACAAUUGUUCGAAAGGAGCCGAGGUGGGAAGACUGGGAAUACACGUACUUGUCCAAGAGCGGAAACAGAUUUGCAUAUUUUGGGAACGGCUGGACGACGAAGGAGGCAGAUCCGAACUCGGAUAUCACUUCGUACCUUCGGGUUCCCUCUGAGAUUGACCUGAAGGACCUCCAUGAAAGAUGGUGGGAUUGGCCGUAGAUGGUGACAAAAAGGAUCAUGAUGAUUUGAGCAGGCUUCCUGUGAUCACUAGAAUUGUGCUUUGACUGUCUAUACAGCCUCUUCAUGUUGAAUGAUUCAGAAGAGGCUUGGGGCAUCCGAUUCUGGGGUUGUUGUAGCCUGGCACAUCAUAAGAUAACCACACGCUCUUCAUGGGUAUUUGUGGUGGAUGAUUCUGCUUGCGCGUAUCGUCAUUCGCCAGUCUCAACAUAGGACCAGAAAUGCAAUCAAGCAGGAUGCUUUUGUCGGCUAGUAUGCAUACGGGUUCAGGUAAAAUUGCUCAAUGUCAUGAUCGAGUCAAGGGAGAUUCGAACUCGAUCCACGGACCCGAGAGACCCCGUUUACGGGCCUUGAACGCUGUCAUGUCGCGUGCGAGUCUGCAAAGUAGGGAGACAGGUCAUACAGACUGAUCGCAAGACUGGAGAUGAGAACAGGACCAGAGAUAGGUCUUGGUUGCAGAUUACAGACGAGAGGCAAUAGCAAACCAAAAGGAAACGGAAAGCGGGUAUGAGGCUGAGGUGGUUGACAAAACCUGGAGCACUUGACAGUAGGGUGCUUUUGAAAGGCUGUCCGCCGGGCCUUGCUAAGCCUAACAAAGUAAUUCAGUGGAAGCACGAAGCUUUAGAGUACUUUCACGUUUCACCGAAGCCAACUUCAACUGCAGAGUACAACUGAGAUCGCGCA